CUUGAAUAAAACAUUGCCUGAAACAUUUUCAAGGUGAAAGCUGACUGUGAAGAUACCAGCUCCAUCAUGCUGAGAAUAAUCGCUUUUGUUUGUUGUACUGUCUCUGUGUUAGCAGACGGUUACUAUGAUUACUCCACUUAUGGUAAAGGGGACUACUAUCCUCCAAAAUGGUAUGGUCGAGUCUACGAUUUUGGUAAUAUUGGAGGGGGAAUAAAUGGAAUCUCAGUAGGAAGUAUUGGAGGUGGAAUAAAUGGAAUCUCAGUAGGUAGUGGAAUUGGCGGAGGCAUAGGUGGUAUCUCAGUAGGAGGUGGAUUGGGUGGAGGCAUUAGCGGCAUCUCUGUUGGAAGUGGAUUGGGUGGCAUUUCUUUCGGAACCGGCUUAGGAGGAAAUCUUUUCGGAGGAUUCAACUCCGGUUUAUUUGGAAUUGGAGAAGGAUCAGCUGCCGCGUCCGCCGCUGGAAACGCGGCCGCUGCGGCAGCUGCUGCAGCCGCCGGACGUGAUGCCGCCGCUGCUGCUGCUGCUGCAAUUGGCCAGAAUGCCGCCGCCGCUGCUGCUGCUGCUACCGCUGGACAAAAUGCCGCCGCCGCUGCUGCUGCUGCUGCUUCUACAGGAUUGAGUUUCCCAUUGUUCUACAACACCUUCCCGUUCAGUAGUCAAUACUUGUACAGCAACCCAUCUUAUUACUAUGGGCUACCAAAUUUCAACUAUGGUUUUCCCUCUUAUUACUACGGUUCCUACCAACCUUUUGGAUUCGGUGGAUCUGCUGCCGCUAGCGCUGCUGCCGCUGGAGCUUCCGCUGCUUCUGCUGGAGCCUCCGCUGGAGGAAUAGGAGGAGGAAUAUUUCUUGGAUUCCCUGUCAGAUCUUCCAAGAAGGUAUAUUAAACAGGAAUACUUUGAUGGAUAUUGCGAAUGCAAUUUGGUUUUUAUAGAAAAUAAAUUAGCAUGAUCAAAAC